AUCUCUUAAGGUCUUCAGCUGCUUGGAGCCACUCGCACCCUCCCGGGGCUGAGCCCUUGUUGGCUGUGACUUACUGCCAUACUGGGUUGCUGAGCUGGAAGAUGAACGUCUAAGAUGGAAACUUCUGCUUCAACUGCUGCUGGGAAAAAAGAAGGAAAAGGUGCGGUUCUGGAGGGGGAUGGCUUUACGGAGACGGGGAAGAAACCCACUCCUUUAACAGCUGCAGGAGCAGCAGUGGCACAAGGAGUGCCGCAGCACAUUUUUCCGGCCUUCCACGCUCCUUUGCCCAUUGACAUGCGCCACCAGGAAGGACGAUACCAUUAUGAACCUCACUCUAUCCACGCUAUUCACGGGCCUCCUCCCCUGAGCGGCAGCCCCGUCAUCUCCGACAUCUCCCUCAUCCGUCUGUCUCCUCACCCUGCUGGGCCAGGCGAAUCACCCUUCAGCCCACCGCACCCCUACGUGACACCCCACAUGGAGCACUACCUCCGCUCUGUCCAUGGCAGCCCAACGCUCUCCGUCAUCUCUGCUGCCAGAGGGCUCAGCCCUGCUGAUGUGGCUCAUGAGCAUCUGAAGGAACGAGGCCUCUUCGGGCUGCCCCCACCGCCACCAGGAGCCAACCCAACCGACUACUACCACCAAAUGACGCUGAUGGCCGGCCAUCCCAACCCCUAUGGGGACAUCCUGAUGCAGAGCGGCGGAGCAGCCAGCACGGCCCACCUCCAUGAGUACCUCAGCCCUGUUGAUGUGUCCCGGUUUUCAAGCCCACGGGUGACUCCGAGAUUAAGCCGAAAACGAGCCCUGUCUAUUUCCCCACUGUCUGAUGCCAGCAUUGAUCUGCAGACGAUGAUCAGGACCUCCCCAAACUCCCUUGUGGCAUAUAUUAACAACUCCAGAAGCAGCUCAGCGGCAAGUGGCUCCUACGGCCAUUUAUCUGCCGGGACAAUAAGCCCUGCAUUCAGCUUCCCGCACCCCAUCAACCCCGUGACAUACCAGCAGAUCCUGACCCAGCAGCGAGGUCUGAGCUCGGCUUUCGGGCACACUCCUCCCCUCAUCCAGCCGUCUCCCACCUUUCCCCCUCGGCAGCACAUGGCCGUCAUCUCCGUCAACGCACCCCCGGCACAGAGCAGCAGCAACAGCAACUGCAUCUCCGACUCCAGUCAGAGCAAGCAGAGCAGCGAGUCAGCCGUGAGCAGCACCGUCAAUCCUGUAAUUAACAAGCGCACCAAAGUCAAGACCGAAGUCGAGGGCUUGCCCCCAGUAUCCCCAACCACGCAGGAGCAUCUGACAGACCUGAAAGAAGAUCUAGAUAAGGAUGAAUGUAAACAGGAGCCUGAGGUUAUUUAUGAGACAAACUGUCACUGGGAAGGGUGCACAAAGGAAUAUGACACUCAAGAGCAGCUCGUCCAUCACAUCAACAAUGAUCAUAUCCACGGGGAGAAGAAGGAGUUUGUCUGCCGCUGGCAGGACUGCACGCGGGAGCAGAAGCCCUUCAAAGCUCAGUACAUGCUGGUGGUGCACAUGCGAAGGCACACUGGAGAGAAGCCCCACAAGUGCACGUUUGAGGGUUGCUCCAAGGCUUACUCCCGCCUGGAGAACUUAAAGACACACCUGAGGUCCCACACUGGAGAAAAACCGUACGUCUGUGAGCAUGAAGGCUGCAAUAAAGCCUUUUCCAAUGCCUCGGAUAGAGCCAAGCACCAAAACAGGACGCAUUCCAAUGAGAAACCCUAUGUCUGUAAAAUCCCUGGCUGCACGAAGAGGUACACAGACCCUAGUUCCCUCAGGAAACAUGUCAAGACUGUACACGGACCUGAUGCCCACGUCACGAAGAAACAGCGCAACGAUGUGCACCCAAGGCCACCUCCGCUCAAGGAAAAUGGGGACAAUGAGGCAAGCGCCAAGCAGAGCAGUAAGGUGUCAGAGGAGAGCCCCGAGGCCAACAGUACCACGAGGAGCAUGGAGGAUUGCUUACAAGUGAAGACGAUAAAAACAGAGAAUUCUGUGAUGUGUCAGUCCAGUCCUGGUGGCCAGUCAUCAUGCAGCAGUGAGCCGUCACCCCUGGGCAGCACCAACAACAAUGACAGUGGAGUAGAAAUGAACAUGCACAGCGGGGGAAGUCUGGGAGAUCUGACAGCGUUGGAUGACAGUGCUCCUGUUGUGGACUCAACGGUCUCAUCUGGUAAUUUGACAGUCAGCCUGCAGCUGAGGAAACACAUGACGACAAUGCAACGACUUGAACAACUCAAGAAAGAGAAACUCAAGACAGUUAAGGAUUCUUGCUCAUGGGUGAACCCAGCUCCACAAGGCAGAAACACCAAGCUGCCUCCCAUCUCAGGAAAUGGCUCUAUUCUAGAAAACAGUGGUGGUUCUUCUGCUACGCUGCCUAAUCCGAGAAUAAUGGAGCUGUCUGUCAAUGAGGUUACGAUGCUGAAUCAAAUCAAUGAGCGCCGUGAUAGUACGACAAGCACCAUCAGCUCUGCCUACACCGUGAGCCGCAGAUCAUCAGGGAUUUCCCCAUACUUCUCCAGCCGCCGCUCCAGCGAGGCUUCACAGCUCGGGCACCGUCCCAAUAACACAAGCUCUGCUGACUCUUAUGACCCAAUUUCAACGGAUGCUUCCCGCCGGUCAAGUGAGGCAAGCCAGUGCAGCGGGAUGCCAGGCCUACUCAACCUCACACCAGCUCAGCACUACAGGCUAAAAGCCAAGUACGCUGCUGCCACAGGGGGCCCUCCUCCAACGCCUCUUCCGAACAUGGAGAGGAUGACCUUGAAGAACAGAAUCUCACUUAUGGAUGGGCCAGAGCCCACCUUGCCCUCCAUUCGCCUCCCACCAGGCCCCAGGCGUUGCAGUGAUGGCAACAGCUAUGGCUAUACAUCCACCGCAGCAUUUCCCCAUGAGGUUCCAGGCAACUGCACGAGACGGGCAAGCGACCCAGUGAGGAGACCUGCUGGAGAGCCCCAGGCCCUCCCAAGAGUUCACCGCUUCAACAGCACCAACAGCAUGAACCCCUUCCAUCCUGCACAUCCUGCCGACAGGAGGAAUUUCAGCAUGCAGAGCUAUGGGCGAUCUGACGGGAGUCUUGCCCGGCACAACUACUCACCCCGGCCACUGAGCAUCAGUGAAAACAUUGCCAUGGAAGCCAUGUCUGGGGAGGCAGAGGUGCCCGUUGGAGAUGAUGACAUUAUGCUUCCAGAUGAUGUGGUACAAUACAUCAAAUCUCAGAACAACGGGACAGCAGCUGAGAGCACUUCCAUGGGGUACAGCAGCGAGAUGCAGAGCUUCCAUGGAGGCGGGAAGCUGCAGCCACCAGCCUUUCCCAGCCAGCGCAGGAUGGCGGUUGCUGAGGCGAGCAUGAGCCAUUUGGGGCCCAUGAUGGCAGAGUGUCCCAUGAGCUUUGAUGCAGCCUCAGACAUGAAUAAAAAUAACAUGCCUGUCCAGUGGAAUGAAGUAAGCUCGGGUACAGUUGAUCUCAUGUCCAAUCAAUCAAAGCAGCAGUUUUCGCAAGGUAACUUAGCAGUGGUCCAGCAGAAGCAGAACUUUGGUCAGUACCAGAACUACAGCCAGCAGCAGAUGCAGCUACCAGACAACAGCAUGAAUGUAACACAGCAGAGCUUUAUGCAAAGAAAUGUGGGCAUGGAUGGGCAGAGGCUAAACUGUAUGCAGCUGCGGCAGCAGCCAAUGAGCCUAGGCCCAGGGAUGAACCCUGAUCUGGGCUCACAGGCAGGGUAUAACCAAGCUCAUCAGAUGCUGAGUCCCAGUGCAAUCAACGGAAACCCAAAUCAGCUCUCUCCUUCUUGUAGCAACAUGGCGACAAAGCCUGGGCCCCACCUCCACCCUCAGCAAAUGGACAUGGCGACCGACCCAUCCUUAAUGGUCAGCAGCAACAGCGAACGCACAAUGCUGAACCAGGUCAUGCAUGAACCGAGCCAGCAGAACUACUCGUCUCAGCCAGCCCACAUGAACUUCCCCAUGGCUCAGGAGGCUUUCCAUCAGCCCAUCAUGCCCUCCAACCAGCAGAGCUUUGAGCCCCAGCAGAGCAUGAUGGGUUCGGCGGCGCAGACGUAUCCACCUGGCAUGGUCCAACCUCGUCCCCCCGCUGAGCCCAGCCCAGCCAACAGGCCUCGAGGCCUCCGCACCGUGCAGCAGCUGGGCUACAUGAGAACUCCUCAUCCUACAAACACCAUGAGCCCGGGCCAGGAAGCAGUGGAGGCUGCGCAUAAAAGAACCAGUGACAUGUUGCCAGCAUCGACCCAACAGUGUGCGGAUGGCACAAGGGAAAAUAAUUUGAUGUACUAUUAUGGUCAAAUCCACAUGUACGAACAAAACAGCGGCUUUGAUAAUCACUCGGACUGCAGGGUCAGGCAGCAGCAGUGCGCACUGAGUGGCAAGCCGGCCGCUCUGCCAUCCCCGGGCACCAACCAGGUGUCCAGCACGGUGGACUCGCAAGGUCUUGAGCCGCCCCAGAUUGAUUUUGAUGCCAUCAUGGAUGAUGGGGACCACUCGAGCCUGAUGUCAGGAACCCUGAGCCCCAGCAUCCUGCAGAACCUCUCCCAGAACUCCUCUCGCCUGACGACUCCACGAAACUCUCUGACUCUGCCCACCAUACCUACAGGAAUAAGCAAUAUGGCAAUAGGAGAUAUGAGCUCCAUGCUGACCACCCUGGCAGAAGAGAGUAAAUUUCUCAACAUGAUGUCCUAACAGUAAAGCACAAGGCCUGAGCACUAUCCAAGGGGUCUGUGUAAAGCAGAUUUAUCAAUGUGCUUUUGAAAAAUAAUCUGUUCCAAUAGAGUAGACUUGUUUUUUUGUUUUUUUGGUUU